AUGAAGACUCUUAACGAUCAAUCAAUCAAUUCCUCCUUCAUUGCACCACAUUUCGGCAAUAUGGGAACCGAAAGCUAUAGUGUGAAGUCUCCGGCGAAGGCUGCUCAUGUCAAUAUGAUGACAGAUUGUAUAAUCGCAAACAUGCCAGCUGAAGGUCUAAGGUCGAUACUUCGGGGCCUCUUAGGAGAAAACCCUUCUAAUACAGCUGCUCUCACGAAACUGGCAUCGAAAUAUCUCGCAAACACACGGUCAUCGUCUAUACCGGAAUUAUUUACCACAUCUGAAGGAUCACCAAAGCCAACCAUAGAUUUUCAGCGGAUACAAAGCAGAUACAGGUGUCUGAUGGGUUGUGGAUUUGGAUUUGAAAGUGUGGACCUUCUCACGAGCGUCAUACAACAAAUACAAAGGUUGGAGUGGGAUGAAAAAACCGAUGAAGGGGAAGUUUUUCUAGAUUUUCUCGCAAAAAUUGAUGGGGAUAUUGUGCAAUCGACGACGGCGGUACAUAAAUCACUUCUUACCAGUUCUGGAACACGUCAAAUGACCACCAAGGAUUCUCAAACCAUUGCAGCACUGCGAGGAGCACUUUACACCUGCAAAGGGAUCGGAGUUAGUCGCGGGCAAGAUUUUCCUUUUGAGCGUGGCUUAUGCUGUCUUGAAAAAUUGGUUGAAGGAACAGGAAACGAAGGUCAAUCUCGGAAAAAGAACAAAGUCCCUCUAACAGACGGAUUUCGUUCCUCCAAAAGCACACUAGAAUCAUUCCAACUGGGAUCAGCUGAAGUACCCAGAAUGUUCAUGGGGCUAUGGCAGUUCUCCAGUCCUGCUUGGGGAAGUGCUUCUAGAUCGAAAAUUGAUCAUCAUUUUAGGAAGCACGUCGAUUCUGGAUUAAUCGCAUAUGAUAUGGCUGAUCAUUAUGGUGAUGCUGAAGUCACAUUCGUGAGUGAACAUGCUAUCAGUUAUAACGACCCUCAAUACGUGGAAGCAGCAAGGUUAAUAGACGAGCAUCCCAACGUCCAAAAUUUGGGCCUCUGCAAUUUCGACACAGAUCGCAUGUGCGAAAUUCUGGAGGCCGGCAUAAAGGCAGUUUCAAACCAAGUCCAGUUCUCUCUAAUAGACUUGCGACCCGCUUUCAAGAUGGCAGAAAGUUGUAGAAAACACAACGUCAAACUCCUCACUUAUGGUUCAUUGUGCGGAGGAUUUUUAGCAGAUAAAUGGGUCGAAAAACCUGCUCCUAACCUAUUCGACGAGAACAUGACCCCAAGCCAUCGCAAAUACUUCGAAAUGAUCACCAUAUGGGGAGGGUGGAUACUUUUUCAAGAACUACUUGAUGUUCUCGCAUUAAUUGGCUCCAAGCACAACGUCUCUGUUUCAAGUGUGGCGAUUAGGUGGGUCCUAGAUCACGAUUAUGUUGGAGCUGUGAUAAUCGGCGCAAGAAUGGGAAUCAGCGAGCAUAUUGAUGAGAAUCUAAAAGCCUUUUCUUUCACGCUCGGCGUGGAGGAUAGAGAAGCUAUACAAAGUGUGUUGAAUAAAUCAAGAGCAAAGGAUGUUUUCGAGGCCAUGGGUGAUUGUGGGGCAGAAUAUAGACAAUAA